AUGAGACCCUUCCUCAACAUGGCUUGGCCCACCUUGUUCGCCUUAGCCGUGUUGUCGCUCUCGAUCACGCUCACCCACGCGUUCCCUCGGGCGCCCAAGAACAAUGAAGCAUCCUAUGUACCCAACUCGUUCAUUGUUGAACUCGAACCUUCGGCGACGCUCUCCAAACGGGCCAUCUCGCUCGAAUCGGUGAGUAUUGUGGUCCAUCGUCGGCGUUCGCCCCUUCGCGCACCGCAUGCUUCGCGUCGGCACCCAACGCUCGGCAGUCCCGCUCCACUUCCCCACUUUUUUCGGGAUCGCCACCGGUCAUCGGCAGUCCCCGCCCAAGAUGAGGCCUCGAACUUUAUAGUAGUCUGAAACUGAGAACGAUCAAUCGCCUUUUAUUUUCACCCGACAGGUCUUGACCUCCGUGCUGGGACAGCUCUCGGGCCAGGGUAUCGAUGCCGAGAUCUAUAAAAAGUACUCUGGCGUUACUUUCAGCGGAGCGGCUAUUACCGUCGCCGAUGGCGUACAACAGGAAGACAUUCUGGCUCUGAAGCAGGUCAAGGUAUGUCGAAAGUGCUCCGUGUAUGCGUGGUGCGCAAGAGAGACGUGUGAGCUGAUGCUACGUCGCGCCCCUAUCGAUGCAGCGUGUCUUCCGAAAUCGGAUUUACCGCCUCGCGCCCGCAAGCGCCGCCUCAUGGGACUCCGAGGGACAAGCCUUCCUCAAAUUAGCAGACGGCUUCCUGAAUGCGCUGCUCGCAAAGCUCCGAUCUUUCCUGCCCAGCCAAUCCCCCUACGCCAACGACAAGUAUGGGCCGCACGUCCAAACGGGUGUCGACAAGCUUCACAACUCGGGCAGCCUUGGCCAAGGCGUCAAAGUUUGCGUCAUCGACGGAGGUUUGGAUUACAAGAACCCGAUCUUGGGUGGCUGCUUUGGGCCGGGUUGCCAUACGUCGUUUGGAUACGACUUUGUUGGCGACAAUUUCAGCGUCACGUCGAACAACGCCGUCCAGAGCCCCGACCCUUACUCCAGCUGCAAUGAUCACGGAUCCCACGUCCAGGGCAUCAUCUCGGCGUUGGCGAACCAGUACGGGUUCACGGGUGUGGCACCCAAGGCCAACUUUGGUCACUACCGCAUCUUUGGCUGUCUGUCCGACGAGACGACCGACGACCUCAUCCUUUCAGCGCUUCUUCGCGCCCAGAGCGAUGGCUGCCAGGUCAUCAACCUCUCCGUCUUUGGAUCGGUCGGUUGGUCGAGCGUUACGCCUUCAGAGAUCGUUCUUGAUGGCCUCGUGAAUGCAGGAAUUCACGUCGCCGUCUGUGCCGGCAAUUCCGGGAACGAAGGUAUGUUACUCAGUAAGGCUGUUCUGAGUGCCAUCCGGAGCCCGCACUGACUCGUCUCAAAUUUGAUCAAAAAGGACUUUUCCAGGCAGCGUACCCUAGUUCAGCGCUUAACAGCGUUUCCGUCGGCUCGACGUGAGUGGUCCGCGUCUAUGUCUCCUGUAUCCGAGUGUGGACCUGACCUUGACCCACUCAAACCUCAGUGAUGCCACAACACUACCGACGUACCAAGCUCAACUCAACGGGGGCCGCGCCCCAAUUGCCUACAUGAGCCCAUUUCCUCUUCCUCUGAACGGAAGCUACCCGGUCGUCUUCACAGAUCCCACGGGGGCGUCGACCACCGAUGCGUGCAGCGUUCUUCCUGCCGACAGUCUCGCCGGCAAAGUCGCUGUCGUUCGACGUGGCGGGUGUGGUUUCAUCAAUAAGAUUAACGUUACGGCUGCGGCGGGUGCCGCCGUCACGCUGAUCUACAACACCGCGACCGACUUUAUGAUCCCCCAGCUGACCGUCGGCACAUCGGGCUCUCGGGGAGUAGGCGGCCUCACGAACGAAGCUGGAGUCCAAGUAUGUACAUGUAGCUACGUGACACAUACAUUUAUGGAUCUGACGUGAAACGGAUUGUCCACAGCUCCUGUCGCACUUUAACGCCAAUCCGACCGGCUUGCAAAUGUCCUUCCCUGCCGGGUCGCUCUUGCCGGCCAGUUCCAACGUGGUCGGCGUCAAGGACAAGUUUUCCGGUGGACUCACGUCCUCGUUCUCCAGCUACACGCCUACAUUUGAUAUGUUUGGGCAGCCUUCCGUGUCGGCCCCGGGCUCGAACAUCUUGUCGACCGUCACUAUGGCCAGCGGUGGCGUUGGGAUCUUGCGUGGCACCAGUCAAGCCUCGCCACUCGUCGGUGAGUCAAGGCGUCGAUGCAAUGGUCUAAAGAGCCUCUCACAAUUACACUGACUUUAUUCGUUGCUGUUGUGCCACGGCAAACGCAGCUGGUGCCAUGGCGUUGAUCAUUUCGACGCGCGCUUCGGAGCGACUCACUCCUUUCCAGGUCCGGAGUCUACUCGCUACGACGGCGGAUCGCGUGCCGACGACAAUUGGUGGUUCGACCCCCAACAACGUCGUCCUUCAGGGGGGUGGUAAGUCCCUAGACGGCCGCCCGUUUCGUUUCUUUGGCGACAACACUUCGCUCAUCUUCGCUUGUUGUGGUCCUAGGUUCCAUCAACGUAGCCCGCGCCGCCUCGGCGAAGACAUUACUUAGCCCUUACCAAUUCGCCUUGAACGACACCUCCUACGCCAACUACGCGGUCACGUUGACGAUUGAAAACAGGAACUGGUAUCCGGUCCAGUACAGCUUGGCAUCCAUUGCCUCGCAGGCACUCGCCCACUAUGCGAACGUAGGCUGCAUGCUGCCACUACUCCGCGUGACACCACACGCCCUUUCCUCUGUAGCUGACGUUCCUCUGAUUCCAUUCAUUAACCAGUCCGCUGAUCAAGACGUCGUUCCUUUGACCGAGCCCGCAAGUGUCACCGCUACGGCAAGUGCCUCCUUCAACAAGAAGAACUUGCUACUCUUCAGCUACCAGACUUCGACCGUCACCAUCACUUUUUCCCCUCCGUCGUUGUCGGCCGAACAAGCCGCCCGCUUCCCCCUCUUCUCCGGAUUUAUCACCGUCGAUGGUCGAGCACUUGCUCUUCCUUGGCUCGGUACCGAGUCGUAUACGGUUCCUUACUUUGGCCUCGCUGCCAAGAUGAUCGACAUGCCCGGUAAGCUCGCGCACCCACUGCCAGAAGAGUGUCUAUGCCAGCUCCAAACUGACCUCUUCUUGCCGCCCUCCAUACUUUAGUUCUUGACACGACAGAUAAAGCCAUCGGUGCUUUCUACCCCUUCCUCGGUCUUGCCGACGGUGGCAUCGCGCAAGGCGGCGAGGCGAUCUCGAUGGCCGACGGUGUGACCAUCCUGUUCCGCCUGGCUGGAGGUACGCGAUCCGUCACCGUCGAUCUUGUCACGGCCGAUACCGCGGUCAAUGCCACGGUCCCGUCGAUUACCAAUCCCAUGCGUCGCCUCGUCCGUCCGCGCUCGAAGCGUACUGCUUUUGAUGCAGUCACGGCUGGGCCAGUUAUGCUGAAGAGGGAUUCAAGCACGCUGUACUCCGCCGUCCCGACGGUGGGGCGAAUCUAUACCAACCUUGAGGCUCCUCGCGACACACUUGUCAGUCUGACCGACACGGAAUACCUCUGGAAAGGUGCCUACAGCGACGCGAACAAUGCAACGCAGACCGCCACCGUCAACACGCCUUACCGAGUCUUGCUCCGAGCGCUGCGCAUCACCGCCGACCCGACGCUGGAGUCGUCCUACGAGUCUUGGCUCAGUCCCGAAUUCACCAUGACGGCAUAA